AUGGCCGUCAAGGCUCGCCUCAGGCGAUGGGCCGGCAAGCUUGCCGUCGAGGCAGAGCCGGGCCUCACGUCGAGCCAACGCAUGCUCACGAACCAUGACCUCAAACCCGUCGAGCGCGAGCGUCGUCAAUGGGGCCCUUGGAACUUUGUCGGCUUCUGGAUCGCCGAUUCGCUCAACAUCAACACGUGGAUGAUUUCGUCGUCGAUGAUUGUCGGCGGCCUCUCCUGGUGGCAGGCCUGGCUCUGCGUCUGGAUCGGCUACGCCUUUGCCGCCUGCUUCAUCGUCCUCACCGGCCGCAUCGGCGCCGUGUACCACGUCGGCUUCCCCGUCGUCAGCCGGGCCUCGUUUGGCAUCUGGGGGAGUCUCUGGCCCGUGCUGAACCGUGCGGCCAUGGGUGCGUCGUGUCCCCCGUCUGCUUCUGCGUCCCCCGUCUGCUUUUCUGCGUCUCCCGUCCGCCUCUGCGUCUCCCGCUCACCGACGUUUGCAGCCUGCGUCUGGUACGGCGUGCAGGCCUACAUCGGCGGCCACUGCGUCUACAUCAUGAUCCGCUCCAUCUGGCCCUCGUGGGACCGCACCGAGAUGCCCGGUCCCUUCCCCCCCGGCGUCUCGAGCACGCCCGACUACGUCUCCUUUGUCAUCUUCUGGCUCUGCUCGCUGCCGGCCAUCUGGUUCCCCGUCCACAAGAUCCGCCACCUCUUCACCGUCAAGGCCUUCUUCGUGCCGCCGGCGGGCGUCGCCUUUCUCGUCUGGGUCGUCGUCCGCGCCGGCGGCGUCGGCCCCAUCGUCCAGCAGGGCAACACCAUCCACGGCAGCGACCUCGCGUGGGAGUUUGUCAAGGGCGUCAUGUCGUCGAUUGCCAACUUUUCGACCCUCAUCAUCAACGACUGCGACUUUUCCCGCUUCGCCCGCAAGCCGAGGGACGCCCUCUGGUCCCAGCUCGUGGCCAUCCCCGUGAGCUUCGCCGUGACGUCGUUCAUCGGCAUCAUCGUCUCGUCGUCGUCGACCAUCCUCUUCGGCGAGACCAUCUGGGACCCGCUGAACCUGCUCGACAUGCUGCUCGACGGCGCCAGCUCGGGCCAGCGCUUCGGCGUCUUCGUCAUCGCCUUCGCCUUUGCCCUGGCCCAGCUCGGCACCAACAUCGCCGCCAACUCGGUCUCGGCCGGCAGCGACAUGACGGCGCUGCUGCCGCGCUACAUCAACAUCCGUCGCGGCGGCUACAUCUGCGCCCUCGUCGGCCUCGCCAUGUGCCCCUACAACCUGCUCACGAGCGCCAACAGCUUCACGACGUACCUGUCGGCCUACAGCGUCUUCCUGAGCUCCAUCGCCGGCGUCAUGGUGGCCGACUACUACGCCAUCCGGAAGGGGUUCCUCCUCGUCCGGAAGCUGUACGACGGCCGCAGGACGGGGCCUUACUUUUACACGUGGGGCGUCCACUGGCGCGCCUACGCCGCCUACGUCGCGGGCAUCCUCAUCAACGUCGUCGGCUUCGCCGGCGCCGUCGGGGCCGAGGUGCCGGCGGCGGCGACGUACAUUUACAACGUCAACUUUUUCGGCGGCUUCCUCGUCUCGUCGCUCAUGUACUGGGGCCUGUGCAAGAUUUUUCCCGUGCCCGCGACGAGCGACCGCUGGAUGGAGGUGGGCGAGGAUUCCGACGUCGUCCACGUCGCCUACGACGGUCAAGGGGAUCAGGACGACGACGACGACGAGUUGAGGGUCGCGGUCCCGGAGAGCAAGGACGCGAAGCACGCGGGCCAAGACGCCGCUUGUGGGGGUAUCCGUGCAGCGACCGUGACCGGCACUGGCGUUGGCGGGAUGGAUGCACGGGUGCGACGGAACGGCCUGCGCACACGUUGCCGUUUGCUCCGUCGCAUUGACGACUACGACGACGACGACGACGACGACGACGACGACGACGGCGCCAUGGUACGCGAUGCCAAGGGCGUGGCCUGCGGGGUUUGGGCACGGCUACGUUGCGACGAGGGAUGCUCGAGCGGACGGACAGGGACGUUGGAAAACCAGCCCCCUCAGGUGCAGUUGGAGAUCGUAUAUUUCCUUGCAGGACGGUACCUCGCCGACGGGUCUUUCCUCGAAAUUGACACAAUCCUUGCAGAGGUCCAACUGCAACUGUUCAACCGCGGCACGCAAGUGCUUGAGCGUCGCAUCGACGCUUUUGGGCUUGUUCGCAUCGAGCAAGUCGCCGACACGAUCCAGGUUUGGUCUGUCGACGCAAUAGUUGCCGGCGAGAGCUCCCAACAGAAGCGGCGCCAUGGCGAGGAGGUGGUGCAUCGUGGCGAUUUCGGUUCGGCUGUCGUUUUAUCUUGGAGAAGACGAAUCUCUCGCCUACGGUUGGGAUCUGGGACGCGAGCGGAUUCUGCCGGGCCGAGGACGAGGUGUGAUGAAGCGCAGGUCCCGUCCUCGCGACGCGGGCGACGUCGACUAUUUAUCCCCGGUUCCGGCGUCGAAGCCGACCUCGCCGCAGACGCGCCUACGGCGCAACCGAGCACACGGGAGAGCUGGAGGGAGCCGAACCAUGGCUGCUGCAUCGAAGCGAAGGCUCCGCAGCGUUUCCUCGACAGCAGGGCUAGCGGCAGCAGAGGAGCCGCCGGAUGGGACGGAGCCAGGUCAGAGAUGCAGGCGGCACAGCCGCGCUGUUACGUACGGAUGCGCCGAGGAAGAUGCGGCGGCGAAUCCUUUGACGAGUCGACGACGAGCACACGGCACGGCAUCCAUCAUGAUACGAACCCGUUUCUCGCCAUGCAACUGCACGCUUGUGCGAACAGCUGCGGCGCGCCGUACAACCUCGCACCACUGCGAUUUAGCGCCUACUUAAUGCACUGCCCAGCACACAUGGCGCCAACCGCUACACCACCUAGUACAUAUGCACGCAAAGAUGCAGUUGCAGUACAGCCAGUACAGUCACUAGAAAAAAGCGACGAUUCAAUUUCGCUGGCGCCACCACCGCAUGGCGAAUCGACACUUUUGCCGGCCCACCAAUUAACAUCUACAGCACUUGCACCUGCGCUGUGCGUCUUGACCACCGAGGCCGCCGCCGCGACCGCUCAAGCCGCCGUCAUUGCUGGGGCCAUCAUGGCUGUGCAGGCCAUCGUGUCCACCAGGCCCGCCAGGACCACGAGUGCUUCCGUGAACUUCCGAACAGCUGCCGGCAGAGCUUGUCCAGCAAUGUUCCUCAUGGCUCCGGAAGAGGCGGCGUAG